CUAUCCUGGGAACUGACAUUGACCUUCAGACUAUAGACAACGAUAUUGUCAGCAUGGAGAUUUUUUUCAAAGCCUGGCUACAUAACAGUGGAACCGACCAAGAACAUAUCCAUGUUCUUCUUCCUUCAAAAUGUUUCAGCAACAUUUCCAGAGCCAGAGAUAAUUCAAUGUGCCUGAAAUGUGAUCUACAAGAGCGACUGCUCAGCCCAUCCCUGCUCCCUGGCACAGCUGAUGGCUCCUUGAGAACAGAUGACCCCAAAGGACACUUUAGUACACUCUACCAGAUGGCUUCCCUGUCAUCAGCUUCUCGUUACACGCUCCAAGUGAUCAAGGCUCUAAAAUCUAGUGGGGUCUGUGAGUCAUUGACAUAUGGACUCCCAUUCAUCCUCAGACCCACAAGCUGUUGGAGGCUGGACUGGGAUGAGUUGGAGACAAACCAGCAGCAUUUCCAUACUUUGUGUCAUAGCCUUCUGAGCAUGCUGGACAGCCUGGAGCUGGAGCCCACCUACAACCCCUUGCAGGUUCAGAGCCACCUGUACUCACACCUGAGCAGCACCUUAGCCAAGCCUCAGGGGCGGCUUCACCCAAGCUGGGAGAGCCGGCCCCAGAGAAAGCAUCCCUGCAAGGUUGGGCAGCUGCAGACCAACCGAGCUCGGGCCACAGUAGCCCCCCUGCCUAUGGCUCCUGCCCCAGGCAGAGCCCCCAAGAUGCCAGCAGCCAGCAAAGCUUCCUCAGAAGACUUCUUCCUGCCUUUGGAGUGGGAGGAGUAUCCCUCGGGGCCCUAA